CCAGCGCUCCCCCUCACUUCCGUCCGCUCCUCCGCCGGCACUGCCUCGGCUCCGCGGUCGCUGCUGCCCGGGCGCAGGCCUCGGGGCGGCCCUGUCCGGAGGCUCGGGGCGCUCCGCUCUCUCCCGCACCCCCGCGCCGCCCGGUGGAGGCCGCCGCCGCCCGGGGAUGCCGAGGCCUGGGGCGGCGCCGCGCGGGGCGCCCGCCAGGAGCCGUUGGGGCUGCGGGCCGCCCGCGCCGCCGCCGCUGCCGCCGCUGCUGCUGCUGCUGCUGCUACCGCUGCUGCCGGGCCCCGGCGGCGCCUCCGAGAUCACCUUCGAGCUGCCGGACAACGCCAAGCAGUGCUUCUACGAGGACGUGGUGCAGGGCACCAAGUGCACGCUGGAGUUCCAGGUGAUCACUGGGGGGCACUACGAUGUAGACUGUCGACUAGAGGACCCGGACGGCAAGGUGCUGUACAAAGAGAUGAAGAAGCAGUAUGAUAGCUUUACCUUCACGGCCUCCAGAAAUGGGACCUACAAAUUCUGCUUCAGCAAUGAAUUUUCUACUUUCACACAUAAAACCGUGUAUUUUGACUUUCAAGUCGGAGAAGACCCACCUUUAUUUCCCAAUGAGAACCAGGCCAGUGCUCUUACCCAGAUGGAAUCCGCCUGUGUCUCCAUUCACGAAGCUCUGAAGUCUGUCAUCGACUACCAGACUCACUUCCGACUGAGGGAGGCCCAGGGCCGGAGCCGAGCAGAGGAUCUGAACACCAGAGUGGCCUACUGGCACGGCGUGGAGACGGCUGCGGGCCGCCGGGAGUCCGCAGCCGAGAGGGCCGGGGAAGCUGCGUCCUGUGACUCCGCAGGGCACGGUGGUGGUGGUUGCACAGAGGCCGGAGAGCCGGAGGAAGCCGGGGCCCAGGAGAAGGUUCCAGAAGAAGAGGCAGGACAAGACGUGUUCCUCAAGUUUGUGAUACUGCAUGCGGAAGACGACACCGAUGAGGCACUCCGGGUCCUGGAGCUGCUGCAGAACGACUUUGGCAUCAGGCCGGGCCUCAUCUUCGCGGAGAUGCCCUGCGGCCGGCAGCACCUGCAGAAUCUGGACGACGCGGUGAACGGCUCCGCCUGGACCAUCUUGCUGCUGACCGAGAACUUCUUACGGGACACCUGGUGCAACUUCCAGUUCUACACGUCGCUGAUGAACUCGGUGAACCGGCGGCACAAGUACAACUCCGUCAUACCCAUGCGGCCCCUGAACAAGGCCCUACCCCGGGCCCGCACGCCCCUGGCCCUGCAAACCAUCAAUGCCUUAGAGGAAGACAGCAGCGGCUUCUCCUCGCAAGUGGAGAGGAUCUUUCAGGACUCCGUGUAUAAGACACAACGGACUAUAUGGAGGGAGACAAAACACGCAGGACAAAGACAGUUUACCGGGGCUGGGAAGGUGGCUCAGUGGUAGAGCGCUGGCCUAGCAUGCAUGAAGCCCUGGGUUCGAU